AAAAAAAGGAAAAAGGAAUGGACAGCUUCAGCCUUGUUUCAGACCCCUACCCCUUCGCCAAUUCUCGUGAUCGGUUUUGUGACGUUCGUGGCAUUGUAUGUUGUUCAUAUUACGAGGAAUAGUGUGAGCAUUGAAAAGAAUGUUGUUUUAUAUUUGUUGUGGAAAUUGAAUUGUGUUUGUUAGCUGUAAUGUUAUUAAUAAGUUUGAACAACAAUGUUAUAAACCAGCGGAUAAAGACGCCGAAGUGUCGCUGGGAAGCUGUCGAAGGAAAUCGGCGGUGUAUGGGUCGAUGCAGCUCCAUUUUAUUAAACGAAACUUAUUAAAUUCCUUUGAAAAAGGCGACGAGAUUUUUUGGGUAAUAUAUAUAAAAAAAAAAUUAUAUAUAUAUUAUAUAUAUAAAAAAAUAUAUGUAGUUUAAGAAUUGAACAAUGCGGAGAAAACUGAAAAUAACUAAAUAAUUCAGCUCGGGCGAGCAUCAACAUCAAACCGAAACGAAAUAAACACGAGCCAAUAUCCUUGAACCAGUUAAACGCGCCGAGAGCAUUGUCUUUCAUCAUAAAAUUCAUCCAUCAUAGAAAAGUUACUGUUAAGCGUGGAAAAUAUUUAUGCGAGUGCAAUACGGAGACAAAUUUCAAUUGAAAUAAUGCGAACGAACAAGAAAACAAAGGGCUCGUCGAGAGAAAUCCGGCGGCCGUUGCUCGCAGCAGGGAUUGGCAUUGUGGAAACAAACUUUUAUUCGAAUAAAACUUUCGUUUUAUUUGUUAUCCGCCCUGUCACCUUAUCUCGGAUGAUGUUACUCGAGUAACGAUACACUUCGAAAAUAAAUCAUUUGUUAUUUGACGAAACGUUUGAAUACCGUGUUGCUCUGAAUGCAACCGGAACACUUUUAUUGUUUACUUUGUCGUACGAAAAUCGAACUUUUAUUUUUUAUUUUCCAUUUGAAAUAACGAUCAUCACUAGAAGCUAAUAUAUGAAAGUAAUUUCCAAAAUAAAAGCAAUUGGAACUCAUAUAAUUUCAUCCUUAUCUCGAAACGAACCUAUUUCUCUUACAUCAAGCAUCCCCUAUUUUUCUGUAUCAUUCUGAUUCCAAAUAAACCACUGCCCAACCCUAUCCCACGCGCAUCAGUGCUCAAAUCUAACAUAGAAACUACAAAAACCAAUUUCCCCAGCUUCAAACAGAGGAAAAUGAUUUUUCCAGGCUGGAAAACGCGUCGGUCCCGCGGGGUCUAAAAUAUUUUCCGCGCGCGGCGCUAGGAGGUUCGAUGGCGGGCGGCGUUCAACGGGCUGAUAUUUAUAGAUUCGAGAGUUUCGCGCAAACCUACAACGUUUUAGGCGUCAAAAUCCAGUUCCUGUGUACCCGACAAGCAUCGUGCCGAUGAUCCAUGGGCCUCGAUCCGCCGUGGUGUUCGACUCGCGUGGUCCGUCGCCUUCGUAGGCCUACGAAUCGAUCGGGUGUUGUGGAUCAAGAGACGUGCCGAGCCACUGGUUCCGCGUAGCUGACGUUUGAACUUCGUUUGGCGGCGACUUCUAGUCGCGGGAGUCAACCGUCCGGGCGAUAAAUCACGUCGGAUCGACAGGGGCCAGAAAGAUCCGCGGGCAAGGGCCGUAAACGGCGGAAAAACGCCUCGUGCCUCGCGGCGGACCAACAUGACCGCCCCAUCGUCCGCGCAUUAGUCACUCGUCCGAUUCGUCGAAAGCACCGUGGGCAACGGCGGGGCAAGGAGAGGACCGCGAAGAGACCGAGUCGAACGGUUACAAGUGGAAUCCGUGCGGAUUUUUGAUAUAGCCCGCCUUUUUUUAGAUUUUCAUCAAGGAUAGGAGGGACAGGGACCACUCUGUUUCGAUCUACGCGGAAAGGCUGCUUGCCAACGCCGCCCGCCGCCGUCAAUGCUGAUAGUUGUCUAUCGCCCGCGACCAUUGCCAAUAUGUUUACCUACUGCGUGUUGCACCUGUAACUGAAUAUUUUCGUUUUACUUUGAUAUUUUUCUCCGUUCUCGUACACCUUCGUGAGGAACGCGGGGACAGCGUGACAUGUGACAUCGGUCAUUUUGUUGGAGGUUAGGGGGGUGGGGUCCUGACGAGGAUGCGGCCAGGUGUCCGUGAGAAGAUGCUGCUGGCCGAGGGGCAGACAUUCUUUGCGCGUUACGCGGCCUGGCCCGCACCGAUUCGAACGUUCCGCACCGGAAACUCGGGGAGGUAGCGCGCCACGGUGGUUAGACGUUCCUCGAAUGGACGAGGCACGAAAGGACUGACCUAGUUUAGGCGAUCAUGGACGGAUGGCUGCUCGAGCGGAGUAUGCUGAUGGUUUCUCGCUGACUCGGGCCGUUCGCGCGUGAAUAUCCUGCAAGAUGAUGUUCACCGGCGGCUCGCACGCCAAGAGGUGGAAUAUCGGCGGCAGCGCGACCUCGAACCGGAAGUCCUCCGCGGACCGCAGGAGCCCGCAGGGUCGCGUCGCCGCGGAACGAUACACUUACAGGACACGAGUCCCGAUCCUGAAUCCUGCAGAUCUGCCGCCGUCGACGUCCACCGGGAAAGCUUACGUGUACAAAACUAGAGUCCCCCGAAGGGACGUCACAGCGUCAACGACGUCGGCGGCGCCGUCGACGACUUCGUCCCACGAGAACCUAAUCGGCGCCGGAAUCACCAGAAGAAGAGGAGCAGUGAAGCAAAACAAAGUGCACAUUGUUCGGGGCCACAAACUGGUCGCCAAGUUCUUCAGGCAACCGACCUUUUGCGCGUUCUGCAAGGACUUUCUCUGGGGAUUCGGGAAGCAGGGCUACCAGUGCCAAGCCUGCCAAACCGCUGUGCAUAAGAAGUGCCACGACAAAUUGUUGACCAAGUGUUCUGGAAGCGGCAGAGAAUCGGAGAGCACAGUAUACUUGAGGGAGCGUUUCAAGGUAGAUGUGCCUCACAGGUUCCGCACGCACACUUUCAUGUCGCCCACAUUUUGCGACCACUGCGGAUCCUUGCUGUACGGGCUGUUCCGGCAAGGUUUGCGCUGCGAUGGAAAUUUUAGAGGCCUGCAUAUAAUUUAUGAUGGUACUAAAUAAUACAUAUAAUAAU